AUGGCAUGCCUGGGCGUGGACAGGUCAACAGUGACCAACAGUCUGGACCCCACAAGAAAGGAAAUUGUACAAGUCGGUCUCAUGGAUGACGUCACGUUUGGUUAUUUUGCUUUGGCCAGUUUGGUCAUCAUCGGUGGAGUUAUCAACAUUGCUGGUCUCAUCUUCAACAGUAUCAACAUCAUCGUCUUCAUCAAACUGGGCUUCACCGAUACCAUCAACAUCUCUUUGUUGAGUCUUGCCAUAGCGGACAUCGGUAUACACAUCACGAUGAUUGGCUAUGUGGUCAUCUACAGCCCUGAAAUGACACAGGAUAAAACAAACAUCGAACUCAUUUAUGCCGUGAGUUAUCUGAUCUUAGGCUGGCCUCACGUGAUGUUUAGCCGUAUUUCCGGUUGUCUGACAGCUUUUAUAAGUUUGGAAAGAUUCCUCUGUAUAGCUGUGCCACUGAAGGUCAAGACGCUAAUCACAAAGAAACGAACAGCGAUAAUUUCUUGCAGUAUUUAUGGCUUCAUGAUUUGUAGUGUCAUCCCAGCCUUUGUUGCCAACAAAAUUGGACCAAAAUUUGACACAGAAUCGAAUGUAACUGUGAUUGGUCUAAUUACAAUUGAUAAUAGUGACGCUAUAGAAAACAUCAGUUUGGCCAUCACAAAUUUUGUCGAGCUGGCCGUGUUUGCUCUUGUCGUCAUCUUUACUGUUGGCUUGAUACAGAAAUUUGUGGACAUUUCCAAGUGGAGGAAACAUGCGGCAUCGGCUUCUAAAAUUAGAACGCUUUCAACACGCGAUAACGUGUUGGUCAAAAUGGUUUUAUUUAUAUCUGGCGUAUUUAUAAUCUGUUCAUUUCCGGGUGUAGUGGGAACGAUUGCACUACUUUUCGCCAAGGAUUACAACGUCAAAGGGAAAGAAGUCUAUGUUUUCCUCGCCAGCUUCUCCGUGUUUUUGAACAUCGCAUCCCUGAACUCUACUGUCAGUAUUUUUAUUUACCUGAGGAUGAGCUCCAGGUUCAAACAAGUUUUCCGGGCGUUUUUUGUCAGCAGCGUCCCUGUGUGUGCCCCAGUUUAUAAGGAUUAA